UUAAUCAGGCUUUGAAGCAGCUCCAUUUCGCUGAUGUUCAGGUCCUUAGGAGUAAGUUGCUAAAAAUUUCAAAGCUCUGUUGCAGCAAAAUGACGUUGUUUUCGCCCCUUAAGCUCUGAGUAUCCUGCAUUUCGUUAUUAAGUGUGGAUAGCUAGUAACAUGAUGAAGGCACACGUGCAAAGGAAAGCUAAAGGACCCUCCAAGAUCACUUCACAACAGGUAGCUUUUGAGCUGAAGAGUAAGGUGAAUUUGGCGCUGAACAAGUUAGGCGAUAGAGAUACAUAUCAAAUUGGAGCUGAUGAACUUGAGAAAACAGCAGAAUGUCUAACCCCGGAUAAGAUUUCCCCAUUUCUGUCAUGUAUAUUGGAUACUGAUUCAGAGAAGAAGAGCGCGGUUAGAAAGGAGUCUGUCAGGUUGAUGGCUACAUUAGCUAGGUUCCAUCAUGGCUUAAUUGUUCCUUAUCUAAGUAAGAUGGUUGCUAGCAUCCUUAAGAGGCUUAAGGAUCCCGACUCCAUUGUGAGGGAUACUUGCCAUGAAACAAUGGGUGUUUUGGCUUCAAAAUUGAGUGAUCACGAAGAUGAUAAUAAUGGGGUUUUUGUUAUGUUGGUGAAGCCACUUUUUGAAGCAUUAGGUGAACAACAUAAGUACGUGCAAUCAGGUGCAGCUUUGUGCUUGGCAAGGGUCAUUGACUAUACCCAUGAUCCUCCAGCUUCAAUUUUGCAGCGGAUGCUGGCUCGCACUACAAAAUUGCUCAAGAAUCCACAAUUAAUGGCGAAAUCAGCAGUAAUUGAAUUAAACAGAAGCAUUAUCCGGGCAGGAGGUGCUACAACACAGAGUCUUCUGGCUGCGGCGAUGGCUAGCAUUCAAGAAGCUCUUAAAAACAGUGACUGGACAACACGUAAAGCUGCUUCUAUAGCAUUGGGGGAGAUUGCUUCAAGUGGUGCAUCUUUUUUGGGAUCUUUCAGGGCUUCCUGCAUCUGCUCCCUUGAGUCAUGUCGUUUUGACAGGGUCAAACCAGUUAGGGACACAGUACUGCAUGCCCUUCAGUACUGGAGAAGUGUUCCUGGACCUGAUACUUCUGAACCUUCCGAGGCUGGAUCUUAUGUAAAAGAAAACUUCUGUGGAGGUGAUUACAGUGAUAUCACCAGUAACAAUGACUCUGGGUGGAAAGAUGUCUCUGGGAAGAAAGUUACUGCUACAAAGUCAGCUAUGAGAAGGGUGCCUCUGUCUGCUAGAAAGACAUCCCAGAAUUAUGUUCAAGACCCUCAACAUUGCAAAGAUGAUGAUUGGAAUAUUGAAAUUUCUGUUUCAGAGAAACAUAAUGUUUCUUUAGCAGAUGUUCAGAAUGAAGAAUCUGAAGGGAGUACAGUCACCAAGACAUUGGAUAGAAUUAUGCCCGACACUACAAGUACACAAGAUAUAGGAUAUCACUUUGUCCCUGUGGAUGACAAACAAGAAUGUUCUUCGGUGUCCAACCUUCUUAGUGAUAACUUUGGGCCUAAGUAUGUAACUGUUCCUCAUAACCAUAUUGCCGACGGACAAUGGCAGAAGUCCAUGGGACGAAACCAGCGGUUUGCAGGUGAAGAAAUUAGCAAUGAGGAGGAAGAUGGUGUGUGCUCCAGAAAAAUUAGGGACUGCAGAAGUCAUGAUUCGGCAGUCAAUGAAUCAAGUCCAGAAACCAUCUCGCUAUUUUAUGCACGGAUUGAGAAUAAAAUUGUCGGCAUUCAGAAACAACUUUUGGAGAUUGACAGCAAGCAGUCCAACUUGAUGGAUCUUCUCCAGGUAUUUUCAACUGGUAUAAUGGAUAGCAUGUCCUUGCUACAGUCGAAGGUCUUAAGUUUAGAACAUGUAGUGGAUCAAAUGGGGCAAGACCUCCUGCAGAAAGGAAAGCAUCCUGAUUUAGUGAAUUCCAGAAUUGAGAAGCAGGGCGCUGGUGCUUCAUUUUCCAGACUGCCUUCUUGCACACCAAGGCCUUCUUUGAUGUCAGUGAAGAAUUCUGAUGUUUGGGAGGAAAAAGCAAUUGGUAGUAACAGGUCACCCAAUUGUUCCAAGCAGGGUAUGGAGCUAUGGUCUAAUCAUACUGUAAAAUUUUGUAGAAAUUCUAAUGUGCCCAAAAGCUCCGGGUAUGGGGCACAUGACAUUGGUCAGGUUAGAAAAAAUGAAGCUGCCUUUACUUGUUCUUCUGUUACAACUAUGAGCGGCAGAGAGAAGUAUCCCGACUACAAAGAUGGUUUAUGGCAACAUGUGAAAAGUCUUCUAUGCCAAGGUGACUUAGACUCUGCAUAUGCAAAAGCUCUCUCUUCUGGUGAUGAACUUGUCCUCGUUGAGCUUCUUGAUAGAACUGGUCCUGUUCUAGAAAGUUUAUCUCAAAAGAAUGUCUACAAUAUUCUCAGUACUUUGGCAUCGUACCUCCUGGAACAGAGAUUUAUCAACUGUGUUAUCCCAUGGUUGCAGCAGGUGGUUGAUUUGAGUGCUAUCCAUGGACCAAGUCUCCUUAUUCCCUCUGCUAAAAUAAGAAGGGAGAUUUUAUCUGCAAUUCAGGAGGCCAAGAACAUGGAGUUUUCUAACCCUGCUGAAAGAAGAUCGGUUACUCAACUGGUAGUAAGGUUCCACCAAGAAUGGGGAAAAUGCUCAUAGUUAUUUACUGGUUGAAUGAAAAAAAUUCUGCACGGAUUCGGACCAUCGAAAGAACAGCACUAGGCAUAAUACGUUUUGUCCGUUGUCCGUACUGUUUUUGCUGUAUAGAGGUCCAUCCUAUGAAGUACUCUAUAAUUGAUCUAUUCAGGUAUUUUCUGCCUUUUACUGCGGUAUUGCAUGCCGAUUGUUCCAGUUGUUAAAUUUUCGUUAAUAGGUAUUAGUUUGUUAAAGAUGCUUCACCAAGUUUGAAAUGGCAUAAUGAAUUGGCAUUUAUUUGUCUCAUUGCUAGUGCAUGUAUAUCUUUUUCCAA